GCAAAGGGGAGCAGAUACCAUGUCCACAAUGUCGUGAACACUGCUUGGGAAGGAGGACAUCUAUACAAGAUCCCUCCUUCUCGCAAUCUGUUUACAAAUCGAUGACUUCACAUUUUUUUCUUUCUCAAAUCCCCGAAGUCUCACUGGUCCACUUGUUAAAGGACACAGAGUCCUCUUCUAUAUCCCUCCACUCACGCUCCUUUCGCCGCAUGUAUGCCUGACUCCAUUGCCGAACCACUCGCGAACCCACUCUUUCAUAUUCGGACUUCCUCUAUAGAUCAUCAGAGCCUUCCUUACCACCAUAAUCACGUCCCGCCUAGAACCCACGAAGAAGAACGAUCUGCAAGCGAAGUUGAACUUGACGAAUUCUCCAGGACACAAAAAUACACAACCAAAUCUCCACACGUUACAUUCUCGUUAGCCGAAGACGAAGAAGUGGAAUUGUCGGACUCUGAGCAUUCUGAAGGAGAUCACCUUGUUCCCGAGAACCUUGUACACCAGAUGAAACGCAACAAGUCCAAAAAGAAUAAAGACAAACGAUCGCCUUCCCGUCCGAACCUGCGUAUUGAUACCGACACAAACGGACAUGCGAAUGGCCACGCGAACGGAAACAUGGAUAAACAUAUGGAAAUGAGGCGCAAGCAUGUCUCGUCCGACGACCCAGCAGCAAAUGCUACGAGGACAAUAAGUAGAGAUGACUUUAGCCUCGACAAUGAGCCACUGGCACCACAAACACCACAGACACCUGGAAUGGUCAACACCAGCUUCUCGAACCUGCCUCCACAAGACAAGAAGAAUUUCCUUCUACUUGUCCUCCUCUACUUUCUCCAAGGGAUACCAAUGGGUCUUGCCUCUGGGUCGGUCCCGUUUCUGCUCAAGAGCUACCUGUCGUACGGUCAAAUUGGCAUCUUCUCCCUUGCGAUAUACCCAUAUUCCUUGAAACUCCUGUGGAGUCCAAUCGUGGAUGCUGUAUGGAGCAGACGGUUUGGCAGGAGAAAAAGUUGGAUCACCCCAGUACAGACCGUUUCUGGCCUGUCCAUGAUCUACCUCGGCGGCCGGAUUGACGAAUUGAUGCACAAAGCAGGGGCGAAGGAUGGCUCAGGGGUGUGGGGGUUUACAGGCUGGUGGUUCCUUCUGGUUUUCCUCUGUGCGACUCAAGAUAUUGCCGUGGAUGGUUGGGCCAUAUCACUCUUGUCCCUGCAGAACAUUUCGUACGCUUCCACGGCACAGACGGUCGGUCUGACUGCAGGCUCUUUUCUGUCGCAUACAGUUUUCCUCGCACUGCAAGCGCCUGAUUUUGCCAACAAGUGGUUUCGAGCCGUGCCGAAAGAGUAUGGCCUGCUGACUCUUGGCGGCUACAUGGCGUUCUGGGGCUGGGCUUACCUCCUUGUAACCAUCGGCAUCGCCAUCAUGAAAAGAGAGGACAAGACAAACGAGCGUGAGGGGAUUCUGGACGUCUAUCGCAGCAUGUGGGCUGUGCUUAGGCUACCAAACAUCAUCACGAUUCUGAUCAUUCACCUGAUCGGAAAACUCGGUUUCGUGACCAAUGACGCAGUCACGAACUUGAAAUUGCUUGACAAGGGAUUUGGACAAGCCAACAUGGCUUUGGUUGUGCUGAUCGACUUUCCCUUCGAACUCGGGUUGGGAUACUACGCCGGUAAAUGGUCAACGCAAUACACUCCACUGAAAUUGUGGUGCUGGGCAUAUGUGGCGCGACUGGUCGCUGCAGUGUUUGCGCAAAUCACGAUCAUGAUAUAUCCCACAGCCGUCGACGAAGCUGUACCUCUCUGGUAUAUGCUUGUGGUGAUUGCCGAACACAUUUAUUCGACGUUCAUGAAUACGGUCAUGUUUGUUGCUGUGGCCGCGUUUCACGCGAGGAUCGCCGAUCCAGCAAUUGGGGGCACCUACAUGACCUUGCUUGCUACGUUUUCCAAUCUAGGUGGCACAUUUCCCAAAUUCUUCAUACUCAAGUUCGUGGACGUGUUUACAAAGGCGACCUGUCUUCCUCCCGCCGAUCCGGAUGCAUUUACGAAAGCCAAUCCGGGCAUCACACCGAUAACGCAAUCGUUCAGCUGCGCACUGGAAUCCGACAAGAAUCUCUGCCUGAAAGGUGGCGGGACGUGUCUGAUGCAGCGUGAUGGAUACUACAUUACGAACACCGUCUUUGUAAUCACCGGCGCCAUUUUGUUUUGGAUGUAUAUCGAGAAGAAGGCCCUGGCGCUACAGGCACUACCGCUACGUGCAUGGCGAAUUCAAGGGGAUCAGUCGUAUCAUCGGGUUGCGACGAGUUGAAUGGUCUAUAGAUCGAAAGAUACCCUAUCAAAUUAGCAUGUUCGGUUGAAAUGUAUACAAUAUCUAUCACUACCAA